GGACUUCGCUCUGGAUAGCGUUCGCGCACGUUCGAAACGAGGCUUUGCUAUGCUCUAACCCGGGGUUCCUCUCGAUUUCAUCUUCCCUGUCCUUUGGUGGUCGUCUUCUCUCUCCGUAGCUUGUACUUGGAAUUACAGUAGAUAUAGUAGAUUAUCCCUAUUUGAAUUUUGUUGCAUGAGUCAGAGGCGCUCGCGGGCUAGCGGUGAGUAAUACAAGCUAGGGCAAGAGAAGAGAAGACGCUGUUGCCUGUGCGGUUCCAUGGAUAACUAAACUAAAAGCAAAAGAGAGAAAAAUCAGUCCAGUAAAUUGAAUAUAAUCAGUAUUGUGAUAAAGAAAAUUACACAACUCAAGAGUUCGGCUAGAAACAUCAUACAUCCAAAACUUAAGGUUAGCAAUAUCAAUGUAGAUUGCAAUCUAUUUGUGUCUCACGCUUGAUGCAAUCUUCCAGCCCUCACUUCAUGCGAGUACUGCAACGUUUGUGACAGUCUUUGCAAAGCAACCAGUGGUUGGUCUACCUACGCUCCAAGGCUCUACUGUGAACAUAUGUUUUACUCGUGUUGGCAUAAUGUGUAUGGAGACCAAAAGGGGAGGAAGGUCCUUGAUGACAACACACCCUCAUUUAGUAUCCACAGUGUACCCAGAUCAAGCCACAGCAGCAUCCUGCACGCACAGCUACAGAAAACCGCAUGCUGCAUCCUGUAACUAUCAGGGGAUCACCUGUACACAGUGUGGAAUGGGGGACCCUGGACCAGGUGGAGGCACAUCGGGCGAGGUGGUCGGCGGACGGACGCGGAAGAGAAUCCUCGACCCGCUGGAGUUCCAUGAGGACGACAACAACGCCAGACGGCCGGGCAUCUCCGACUGGCAGGAGACCCUAAAGAGCAUAGGUGUGCCGAACAAAAAGGGAUUCAUCACAAUGGAAGGUGGCCAUCAGAAGCAGUGGGAAUUGGAAGACAUUGACCAAGGUCUGGCUGCGGAUUUUGAUGACUCCCUGUCUGGGCUUGGAGUUGAUAUAAGCACUGCUUCAUACAACAUGAGUGAAGCGCUGCUGGCACUACCUGCUGUGCCCAUCUUCAAGCAGGAGGCCUUGUCACCAUCUGGCCAGGAUAAGCAUAAUACAUCAUCAAACCCUGCAACGUUUGAUGAAUCUUCACAGAGCAAUACAACAGAUAGACUGUUCAGGCUCUUGAGCUCUGACAAUUUGACAGAUUGUCCUUCACCAUCCAUCCAUCAGCUUCUGCAGCAACACAUAACCCCUGGCAUUACGCAGGGAACCACCUCUCACGUGACAUCUCAUGGUGCAUCAUCAUCCGCAUGCCUCCAAACUUGCCAUCACUCACAGCAAUCAACCGUCCAGAAUAACACUUCGGAUUCUGCCCAAGAAUCCGUCACUCUCUCCAAUCAUGGAAUGUCAUAUGAAGAUAAUAGAUUUCAAUAUAUUUUGGGUGCUGCAACAUCAGUAGCUACAAAAGUGAAUGAAGAAAGCUUAUCGUACCUGAAUCAAGGCCAGUCUUAUGAAAUCAAAGUAAAGAAAUUAGGUGAUCUCACAAGAUGUAAAGGAAAAUUUUAUCACACCAUAAUCCGUGUCUGUUUUCAUGAGCGGCACUUGCAAUACAUGGAGAAAGAACAGCUGGAAAGCUGGAGACACAUGCGACCUGGAGAGAGAAUACUGGAGGUUGAUAUUCCAUUGUCUUAUGGUAUAUGUGACGUUGCACAAGAUCCCAAAUCAUUAAACAUGUGUGAAUUUGAUUGGGAUCCAACGAAAGAAGUGGGAGUGUAUAUAAAGGUCAACUGUAUCAGCACAGAGUUUACUCCCAAGAAGCAUGGCGGAGAAAAGGGAGUUCCAUUUAGAAUUCAGGUGGAGACCUAUUCUAAAACUGAGUGUGGCCAAGAACAGCUUCAUGUCUGUGCCUGCCAGAUCAAGGUGUUCAAGUUGAAAGGAGCUGAUAGAAAGCAUAAGCAGGAUAGAGAGAAGAUAUCAAAGAGACCACAUUAUGAACAAGAGAAGUAUCAGCCCUCUUGUGAAUGUACUAUCCUAACAGAGCUAUCUCCAGAGGCUGUCUAUGUACCUGCUGCUGAAUCCUCAGCCUCAACUCCCAGCUCAAACGCAGGUCUAAGAACACAGAGUCCAGCAUCUGUAUUAAAAAAUGAAUCAGGUGGCAUAGAUCAAACAAAAUUAGAAAAUGGUGUUCCAACAGACCAAGAAGAAGACCAAGAAAAUCCGGUAAGGAAGAGAUUUCCAAUUACAAGUGACGUGUCUUUCAAGGGGAAAAUAAAAAACCGCAAAUUAUACGGUGUUCCUCUCCACUCAGGAACCACUGCUGUGCAAACCAUGGCGUGGUUGGCAGCAAAUCGUUUUAACAAGUAUCAUAACAUGUUUGCAAAUUUUACGGGCACAGACAUCCUUAGACUUUCUCGGUCAGACCUAAUAGAAAUGUGCGGCCUAGCAGACGGAAUCAGACUCUUCAAUGCUUUGCAUGCCAAGAACGUCUUGCCAAGGCUGACUGUUUACGUUUGCCUUGAACACGAGCAGCUCUACCAUGCAGUGUACUUGGAAAACUUGACCUGCGCUGAUUUUACGAAGAAGGUUUCGUCGCUAAUGCAGAUCACCCAGGAACGGAUCCAUGACGUGUAUUUGCAAGGGCCAUCAGGCAUCCACAUUCUCGUUACAGAUGAGGUGGUCCAGAACAUGGUCAAUGAAUCAAUGCUGUCCAUAAAGGUGCUACAAGACACAACUGGGGAAAGGUACAGAUUAUUACUAAGACUCAAUGAUAAUCAUAGCAGCAAAACACAGUCUUAAGAAAAAUACUGUUUCCCUGUUGAUUCCAGCAGAUGGCAUUCCUUAUAAUCGUGAUAGAUUUUGUAGAAUUUUUAAAAAGGGAAUUCUGCAAUAAUGUAUAUAUUUUUAUGUACUUGCCAUAAUUGAAAUAGGAGACAUGUCAUGUUAAACUCAGUGCCUGGUGGAUAAUGAUGCCGAGAAUUUUUCUCCUUUUUUUCGUACCUAAUUAUCAUUAAAGGAAUGCGUUAUUCCAAAUAUAUUGGAGAGAUGUGUUUUAUUGUUCUAUCACAUGUAAUUCAUGUAUGUAAAAGAAAAUCAGUUAUCUUGUCUCUCUGUCCUUAAAUUUAUGAAAUAGUAUUUGGUUGUGCAAUAUGUUGACAUCUAGAGUUUACCAUAUUUUGAUAAAGCUUAUUGGUUACAUUAAAUAAGUGAAUUUGAAAGGGAAAACAAAAGCCUGUUUUGGAACAGGAGAAGUGUAUGUAUCAUCAUCACACUGUUGUCAAAGUAGCAUAAUGCUCAAAAUAAAAAAGUGUAUAAAGUUUAUUAGGUACCUUCACCUAUAUUUGUUGUAGAAAAAGAUAUUGAUACAGUUUCCUGGUCAGUAAUUAGGAAUCGAGUGUGAAGAAAGUAGCUUCCACUUUUCUCAAAAUGUAUUUGUUUUGACUGGAAUGAUGUCUUACGUUGGGUGUUUGGCUUUUUAAAGAUCCUUUCUUUAUAACAGUUGUGACCUCUAUCUCCCACAAGCACAUCAAAGAAAUAGAUGACAAGUGAGAUUGAAAGAGACAUGAAAAAGAAGUACAAAUAGAUCUCAGAGGGCUUGAUAAGUGUGUUGGGAUAUAUGUGAAUAGCAUGCAGUGUAUAUUCUUCCUCCUCUUAAUCCACAAUAGCCGAUUUCUUGCCACCUGAAACCAGGAUCCAUAGGCCAUUCUUUUUGCGGUUGAUGUAGUUUUGCAGAGAAUAUCUCUUUGAAUCCUAUUUUUUUCUCGCUCUCUCUCCCUCUGUUUUGCUUUGUCCCCGGGGUUCAGAAUCCAGGGAUGCGAGGUUGUGAUAAAGUCAUGUGUUGUGCGUUCCUCUCCCGUCCAGUGUUAAGGGAGGGAGGGUAAAGAUUCGUGAAGGAAGGGUAGCAACAUCUAGAAGAGGGAGGAGGAUGGCCAUAACUAGAGGGAGGGUAAUAACAUCUAGAUGGAGGGUAACAAGUCUAGAGGGAAGGUAAAAACACCGCAAGGGAGGGCAGCAGCAUCUGUAGGAAGGGUAACACUGUUCAAAGGGAAGAUAGCCAAAUCUAGAGGGUGGUUAACAUCUAGCAGAAGGACAGCAACACCCAGAGUGAGGUAAGGACUAAAGGGAGGGUAACAAUAUUUAAAGAGAGAGUAGCAAGACCUUGGGUUGGGGUUGGGGGGGGUUAGCACCAAAGGGGAGGGAAGCAGUAUUUAAAGGGAGAGUAGCAAAGGCAGGGAGAGUAACAACAAAGACAUUUUUUCUUGGGGGGGGGGGGGGCCCUGUAGACUUUGGAUAAUUUGCAGUGCUUGGAAAUACACAUCGUGCAAAUGCAGGGAUAUUUAGGAAAAUCUCAUAAAGCAUUAGAAGUCUUGAAUUUUGCUGCAUCAUUAUUUAAUCUACCCAAAACUGGAAGGACUUGCUGAUCAGUGAUGUGUAUAAUUUUGAAAAUAAGGAUCAUAUUAAGACACAAAAUAUAAGAAAUUUGAGCUGAUUGUGUUGAAUGAUGAUCUAAUUACCUAGAGGAUACUGUAUCAGUUUAUUACUUUUCAGAGGAUUAUAAUAUGCUUUAUGACAAAAGAGAAUAUUGGGAAUUAUAGUGUAAUUUUAAGUUUUGUAUCUUUAAUUUUCUUAUGCUUUUAUACAUAAUUAGUCAUAUUUUUAAUGAUUGGAUCAAAGACUCUUACAGAUGAAGAAAUAUAUUGCUCUGUUACAUAUUAUGUCUUCCUUCCUUAAAAAUUUAGAAGCAUAUUUCAUAUAGGUUUAUUAAAGAAUAAUCCAUUCAUGCAUAUGUGAAUAUGGUCUUACACACACAUAAGAGCUCAUUCACUCUCUCUCUAUCACCUCACUUGCUCACUCACUCACCCACUCACAACUCACUAACACUUACUCACCUGCUCAGUACUCACAAACUCAUUGCUCACACUUACUCAUUACUUACAUUUACUCACUCAUUACUUGUUUGUAUUCACUCAUACUCACUCACACACACACUCACACUCACACUCACACUCACACUCACACUCACACUCACACUCACACUCACACUCACACUCACACUCACACUCACACUCACACUCACACACACACACACACACACACACACACACACACACACACACACACACACACACACACACACACACACACACACACACACACACACACACACACACACACAUAAUUUUUAUUGUAUUUCAGUUAUAUUCAUCGGUAUGUAAUGAUCUCAAAUCAUACAGUUAUACUGAAAUAUUUGGAAAUUUAUAUAUUGGUCAUCUUUUUUACAAAAAAUCUUGAGAGAAGAAUAAAGCUGUAAUGAGGAUUUUGUUUGAACUGUAUUCCAUUUUCUUAACAAUAAUUUGUAAUAUUAUGGGGGGGGGGGAAUCCAAUAUUGCAUCAGAAUCAGAGAAAAUUUAGGUAAUAUAAAUCUAAUGCCCUCCAAAUCAGUAGUUAAAAUAUCAGAGUUGAACUUAGAAAAGAUUCAUUAUAAAUUAGUACCUUUAUUUAAAAUUUAACCACAAUUACUGAAGGGAAUUGAAAUAUUAAUCCACGGGCCGAAUUCUCAAUAAACAAAACUUUUUCACUUUUCUAAUGUAGGAAAGGAGAAUACAAAUUGACAAGAUCUUUGCUGUUUUAAUGUAAUAAUUAAAAUUCUUAAAAAAAAGAUGAAUAAAAAUAAAAAAUAAAAUAAAAUAAAAGUCACAUAAGAAAUAGAGUGAAGUGAGUGUUCAUACAUUAGACGUGCAGUAUUGCUGUUUUGCACAUAAUCAUUACACUUUUCAGGUCUUCCUCUUAUGUUCUGAGAGGCAACUGACAGACAUUGAAUUUUUAGAUAUUUAAUAAUUAUAAGUUAAGUCUUUAUGGGGUUUGUGGUUUUAACAAAGAAAACCCGAGAACACAAAGGGAAUCAGUCAAGAGAUAACGUAUUUCUUAUUUCAUACACUUGUGGUUUGAAGGUGUAGUUGUCAAAAAUAAGAGAGGGGUUCAGUAUUAACUUUAUUUAAGAUAAUUUUAUACUAAUUCAAGAUGAGUUAGAAAAUCUGUAAGAUAUUUUCUGUUAUUGUUUAACCUUUUUUUCGGUUAUUUUAUUUCAUUUUAGUUUUGUUUUAUUAUUUUUUUUAAAUUUUUUUAUGGAUAUUAUUAUUAUUACAAAGUGAUACGCUGUAUUUCAAACUUUUAGAAGUGUUCAUGCUUUUAUAAUUAUCUUCCAAGUCAAUGGGCCAGUGGGUUAAGCAAAAGGUAUUGGUUGUUCACUAAAUGAAUUCUAGUUUUUAAAUAUCUGUUAUACUUUUGUGAGAAUAUAUCUAUUCAUUCUGUCCAAUGUUAUGCUAUACUUUGUCUUGUUCGGCUGCAAAGCUGAGCAUUUCUUUAUGUACUACAUGGUAUCUUUAGUUUUUUGUAUAUUCACACUGUAUAUCAUGUUCAUGUAGAAUGUCUCACCCUUUCCAUGUAUUUUAUAUGCAUCUACAUAAUUACAUUGUCACCUUCUCUUAUAGGAUGUUUUUUCUUUUAUUUGUAUUAUUUUAUGCUUCACUAGAGUUAAAACUGAAUGGAGUUAUUAAGUGAUGAAGAUUAAACAGCCAUUGUCCAAAUCACGAGAAGAUUGCCACAAUACAUGUGAAAUUCCCCCUUGCCAUGUUUUCUUUUUUUCAGAACGUAAACUGUAAUGCAUAUUAACUUCAUUUGAUGCCAAUUUGCUCUUAUCUCAUUUUCUUCUUAUAAUGAAUAAAAGUUUGCGAUUUCAUGAGUGACUGACUUGUAUAGUUUCAUGAAAAAGAUAUUGAAACACUGAAGGGCUUGCCUUUGUUGUUUCAGCUCAACAUUAAAUUUUUAUUUGGAAAUCAGUGAAAGCAAACAUGGUGCAUUUUCACUUUGGUUUGGAGUUUAAUGCAUCUUUAUUUUUUUAAACUUCAUGCUCAUAGCUGAUGGCUGAUUACUGUGUUGUUUAAACAUUUUUGUUUAUGUUAGUGACGUUUUGGGAUGUAUCAUAAAAUUUUGGGUCUCACAUUCAGUCAGGUUUUGUUUAGAUGUGACUCAAAUAUCAUGAGGUUGAGUUGUUAACAUUUGAACAGGAUUUAUUUUUUGAGGUAAUCACCAUUUACACAAUAAAUUGCAUUAACAAAUUACUCCUUGGUGAAGCGUUAUUUUCUCCUUUGGUGUCUAAGCCUCUUGCUUCUGCUCAUCUGGUGUGAGCACAAGAAAAAAAGGUUUAGUUUUUAAUUCUCAGUGUUUACGCACAACAGCUUAUUCUGCGUUUUUUUCCAACCUAUGUUACAAAGAGAGCGUUUGAUAUUUCAAAAAGUCAUCGAGCAGUUGGGAUUGGAGAAAAAGACUGGAAUGAGAUUAACAAAGGAUUGAAUGCGAUUGUAAAAUGAACGUUUUGAAUUAUUGAAAGAUGAACCAUUCAGUCUGUUUAUCAUAUCUGGUAUGGAGAUUACUAAUAUCAAAGAGAAUAAGUCUUGCUGAUGUUUUUGUCUGACAGAGCAAGAUGCAAUAUUCUUAAUAGUUAAAAUCAUUUGAAGAUCCUCGAGGAUAAAUAUAAUAUUAAAAACGGAAAGAGGGAGCAACAUGACGAGAGGAUUAACCCAUUGUUUCCUGGUGCGUCAAGGCAGUCACGUGGUCCAAAAUACAGGCAUUAGGCUUUUAUGAGUGGCUGUUCUGACAGGUGUGCGGCUUGUAGGCCAUGUGCACGGGAACACUUGUGUGCGGUGACAAGCUCCUUGCCUCCCCUUUGCUAUGCUAUUUUCUCUUUUUCUGCGUAAGUGUGUAAAUUUAGCUUUGUUACCAUUUUCCAAUGUCCAUAUUUGUCAUUUGAUUUGAUUUUAUCCAGAUGGUAAUAGAUUGUUUUCCUAGCAUGGACUGCAUUUCAUCUUUCAAGGUAGUCCAUAACUCAGUACAAGAAAAAUAACAAUAAGUUAUAUGUGGCAUUUAUUUAUUUAUUUUAUAUUUUUUAUUUUAAUAUUUUUUUUCAAUUUUCUAUAAUACAGCCUGUGCCACCUUCUCAUUGGCCAAGAAUAGGAUGCUUCGCACGGAACUGGCGUCCUCCCUGGAGCCAGCGCUCUUCCAAACGUGGUUCAUGGACAUUACAUUCCACAUUCAUUAUCGAUGGAUAUAAUGCAAAAGCCAAACGAGUCUAAUUACCAUCCAAGAGGUUUGUGCACACAAGUCUUUCCCAUCACCCUGGCCUUCAGCCAAAAUUCUCACAAUGGCAAGUUUGUGUCACCGUAGCCUAAAUCCAGAUUCUCCCAUGAGGGCAUGUUCACGUCAAAUGCCCCUCGAUUCAAAUUUUUCAUGAUGUGAUGGUCACAUUGUCCUGAUCAUAGGGGUUAAGGCAUAAUACUGGACAAAUUAACUAUAACUAAUUUAUAUUUGUAGGCUAAUUCUAUUUUCUCCCCAGCAAAGAGGGGAGAAUAGCAGCAAUCCAAAUAAAAGAUAGAUAUUAUCAGAAACAAAAGUACCACCAUUUUGUAACAUAGAUCUAACAAUUGGUGAAAAUAUCCAAGACCCAAAGACGUAUCGGAAAAAAAAUGAAAGCAAGACAUGGAAUAAUUACACUUAAAUAUAUUUUGUUUAAAGUGACUGAAAACCUCUACUAAGUAUUUGGGUAAUUCACAUUGGUGUGUUCAUUGUAAAUGUUUUCAUGUUUAUGAUCUGUAGUUUACAUUAUAUACACCAAUUUUUUCCAAAGCCAGUUGUCGGUUGUUUGCUAACUAAAAGAGUCUUAAGAAAAUACCCUGGAAAAUAUUAAAAAGACAUGCCUAGAAGAUUUUUUCCCUAAUUUUUAGGCACACUUUUUAGAAUAUAACAGUGAUUUCAAUACUGCUAAAAGAAGAAUACAUAGCACUCCUUGGGAUGCUUUAAAUAUUAACUUUUGAAUUCUAAAGGAAAUGUGCCCCUAAAAAUUAGUCUUUACGAAUGAUCUGAUCUUAGAACAAAACAGGAAAUUGAACAUGGACCAGUUUGCAAUAAACCCUUGAAUAAGUUCUCUCUUAAAAGCAACUUUUCAAAAAAAAAAAUUGUAGCUAAGAAAUGUCACUUCAUGCCCUUGUUUUUUAGUAUACUGUAAUUGAAAAAUGUUUUAAUAACAGACAAUGAGAAGAAGGGGUUCUCCAGGGGAAAAUAAAAAGACAUCACUGAAAUUUCUAGUUAUAAAAAACAGAAAAAUGGUGAUACAAGAUUUCACCUUUAUUAAUACCUCCACAGUUAUUAUUAUUAAAGAUACAGGGAUCCUUCUAUUUUAAUAUCAAAUAUGAAUUAAGAAAAUUUGACAUUCAAUAGCAGCUUUAAAAAAGAAUCAUGGCAUACAUCAUUCAAUCUUUUUCUUUGAAUUUUAUUAAUACAUUUCUAAACUUUGGCCUGAGGACUGAUUCCUGGAGCAGGUUAUGGAUUUUGUUUUUGUUUUUUCCAUAAAACUUCUGAAUAAGACUAUACUAACAUUCAUUGUAACACAUGUAAAAAAAAAAAAAUAAUGAAUGACAAUGAAGAAUUCCAACAUUCAAAAGUACUUUAUAUCUUCUUAUAGAUUUUGAUAGUUUAAUCAAGAUCUGUGAAUUACAUUUGCAUUUAAGUUGCAUUGCAAGACAAAGUUCUAAGAAAAGAAAAGUGAAGUAUGGGGAAUUUCACUAGCCAAUCUCUUGUGAAUUUUAUAAAGGUUUUAUUUCUUCAACUUAUCUGCUCCAAAUAGUAACACUUGUGCAACCUAGUGAUUGUAGUUCAUAAAUGGUGUGGAAGCAAAGGUUACGGUAGGAAAAUCUCCUCUGUUAGUAACUUGCUAAUCAUUUAUUUUAAGAUUUGUAGAACAAUUUUUUUUUUCACUUCAUAUGGCUAGAAUUUUUUAUAUGAAUGAGUUAUUGGUAAAGUAUUCUGUGCAGUUGUAAGUGAAAAUACAACAAUAGGAGAUUAAAUUAUGUCUAGCCCUCAAACCAUUUUUCAAACUUCAUCAUUCAAAAACUAUAUAUUUUUAUGAAAAUUGAAAACUCAUAUCAUUUUAUUUAGUUUUAUUUCACAAAUAAUUGUUAUCAUUCUGUUUGAUGUAUACUUCUUCAUUUGGUAAUUACCAAUACAAAUUUGGACAAACAACUCAUUGGUAAUAGAAUUAUACAAAGUGUGAAUUAUAUGUAAAUUCUAUGUGGAAGAAUCCAGUUCCUAUGAAAAGAAAAUGUAUGUAAAGUAAGCUGUUAGAUCUCACCAUUUUUUUGACAUGUAAAAGACAAAGGAUUAAAGACAACAGAAUGUGCACACACAAAAUAAUUGACCUGUAAGUUACUGUUAAAUAUGUGAAAAUAAAAAUUACUUGCAUAA